UCCUUAUUUCUACACGAGAAACUAUCGUAAGCGUAUCGUUAAAAAAUAGGAUAUUACCAAAUACUGAAGCAAGCUAAUUAAAAACAAUUGAACGUUGUAUCAGAUAUAAUACAAACUUAAAAUGGUUGAUGAAGAUGAAUAUGCUUGUGUGAACAAAGCUCAGCUACGAAUUAAAGAUACUUCUGGAAUAAAAAAGAAAAAGAAGAAAAAAUCAAAUAAAGAAACUGAAAAAGCCAUAGAAAGUGAGGUUAAGCAACAAAUUAAGCAACAUGUGAAUACAGAUACUCGGACCAAAGCAGAAUUAGCAUUCCAGAAAAUGCAAGAGAAAAUGCAAAAGCAAAGAAUUCUUCAAAAAGCAGAAAUGACUCACAAGCAGAGAGUAGAGAAGUUUAACCAACAUCUGGACAGUUUGACAGAACACUUUGAUAUUCCGAAAGUAUCUUGGACGAAAUAAAACAUACAUUGUUGUGUAUUUAUCACUUGUAAAAGUUAUAAUUUAUAUUAUCUUGGUAUUGAAAUAAAAUAAAAUAUAUAUUAGAUAUACAA